ACUCCAGUUCAGUGAUAUAAAACAAUUACUGGUGGAAACACGAAAAAAGAAAACUCAUAAUUUUCUGUUCAGUGAAAAAGAUACGAUCAACAUUUACUUACACGAUAGAGGGGCGGUUAUUUGUGGCAAAUCAUAUUUAAAUAAAUUUUAAAUUUAUUUAUAUCAUCAAAAGAAAUCAAAAACUAUUUCACAUAAUGGGAGCUGAAAUUUCAUUACAAAGACCAGGAUGUGUCCUUCAACCAAAACACAGAUGGGUACAUUCCACUCCCUACGCUCCAGUUCCACCAUUCGCCGUUGUUGGUGGUCACGAUUGUGAUGGUUCCCCCAUCUAUGUUGGUCGUUCAUUCCACGAAGGUGACAACUUGCCAGCCAAGGUGGUUCCAAGCAAACACACAGCUUACGUUUGUUGGGGUGGUCGUGAAAUUACCAAAACCCACUAUGAAGUUCUUACCGGCAACCACUAUCGCUGGAUUCCAUGUGCAGCUGGCUCGGUGCCACCAAAUGCUGUUCUAGCUGGCAACACUGUCACGGGGGAGCCACUCUACAUUGGACGUGGUCAUUGGCAGGGUAGUUUGACGGUGGGAAAAAUUCAUCCCUCUCAUCAUUGUCUCUACAUUCCAUUUGGUGGAGAAGAAAACCGCUUGGAUUGCUAUGAAGUGUUAACCUAUGAGACAUCGCAUGCUUGGUCACAUGGUUCGGGAUCAUAUGUCCCGCCAAGUGCAGUUGUUGCUGGUCAUGACACCGAUGGAUCGACAAUCUAUGUGGGCAGAGCUUACAAUGACGGUGAGAAUCUUCCGGCCAAAGUAGUUCCCAACAAAGGUAGUGCAUACGUUAGCUGGGGUGGCCAUGAGAUAUUUAAGAGUGAGUUCGAGGUCUUGACUGGUAAUGGGUAUACCUGGAUUCCAGUUCACCAUGGAGUUAUUCCAUUGAAUGCGGUUUCGACGGGACGCACUCGGAAUGGUGAGCUUGUCUAUGUGGGUCGUGCUCACUAUCAUGGCUCAUUGACUCCGGGCAAAGUACAUCCAUAUGAAAAGUGUAUUUACAUUCCAUAUGGAGGCAAAGAACAUAUCAUUCAUACCUAUGAGAUGCUGGUCAAGACUUGGUGCCAAAGCUGGGUUUCAACAUCUGUACACGCACCUUUGCCUCCACUUGCCGUUGUGGGAGGACAUGACGUCGAUGGGUCGACGAUUUACGUUGGUCGAUCAUACCACGAGGGGGAUAUGCUGGCUGCGAAAGUGAUACCGUCCAAGAGAACCGCUUACAUCAGCUGGCACGGUCAGGAAAUCCCCAAGACACAAUACGAGGUUCUUUGUGGCAACCAUUAUGUAUGGCGUCCCUGCUACGACCAUGUGAUUCCACAUAAUGCCGUCGAAUGUGGUCGCACUCAAUCCGGACAGAGGAUCAUAGUUGGACGAGGACACUUCGAGGGCAGUUUGACAGUUGGUAAGGUGCUGGCUGUCCAUAGAGCUCUCUUUAUACCAUUCGGAGGAAUGGAGCGCCGAUUGGAUAGCUAUGAGAUUUUAGUGAGAGAGGCCCCAGCUCCAGGCGCUACCUGGGUCUCAUCGACUGGAUGUAGUGUUCCUCCCAAUGCUGUUUACGCCGGCCAUGACACUGACAUGGCGACCAUAUAUGUUGGACGAGCUUUCCACAAUGGGGACCUUGUCCCGGCCAAAGUUAUUCCGAACAAGGCUUGUGCAUACAUCUGCCAUGGAGGUUGUGAAAUUGUCAAGGAUCAUUUUGAAGUUCUGACCGGGUUCGGUUAUCAUUGGAUUUCAGCAGCCGAUGGAUAUGUCCCGCCGGGAGCUGUAGAAGGUGGUCGAACAGUUCAAGGGGAGCCGCUGUUCAUUGGGAGGGCAAAAUACUGUGGCAGUUUGACACCGGGAAAAAUACAAAAAUCCCACGGUUGCUUGUAUCUUCCAUUUGCCGGGCAGGAGAGGAGGGUGGUUUCAUAUGAGGUCCUCGUUGGCAAUGACAUAACACCACCAAUGCCAGGAGCUUAUCCUGUUCUACCACCGUAUACAAAACACGACGACGACGGUCAUCACCCACACCACGACCAUCAUCAUCAUCACCAUUCACCUUCCCCACCACCACCGUACAAUCCAAAUUACGGGUUUAAGACCGGAUUUUAAGAACAUUAUUUUAUUGAACCAUUUUUUACAACAAAUUUAGUUUUAAGAAUUUUGUCUAAAAUAUAGAAUCAAAAAUUAAAAAUGA